UUCAUCGUCGUGUGCAGUUGAAAAGGUAGUCGAGAAAGAGAUCAGUACCACAAGAAAAUAAAAAUAUACAAAUUGAGAAUACAAGAAAAUAAAUCAAAUCUAAUCAAGUGCUCUGUGCGGUGAAUAUAUUCAAUAUUUUGGGCAAAGUGCACGCAUUUAAACAGCGUGCUUGGCCCUAAUUACCUAUGACGACAAGCUGAACAAGAUCAGCAGCCGUUGCAGCAGUACAUUUAAUUCAAAACACAGCCAGAUGUCCGGCAAAGCCGAGGCGGACAGUAGCCAAGUCGCCAACGCUGGCGGCGGCAGCGGCCAAGGCAGCAACUCCAAUGGCACCGUGACACCAGCGCGACGCCUGCGCACACGCAACUCAACUGGAAGUGGCAGCGAGUCGGCCAAGAAGAGCCAUAGCCACAAUAAUAAUAACAACAACAGCAACAAUAACAAUAACGAGGCUGCAGCGGCAAGCAAUGAAGGAUCAUCCAUAACCACAACAACAUCAUCGACGCCAGUAACUGCUGCAUCUGCAUCAUUAGCAGCACCUAGUUCCGUGGAACGUCCAAUGCCCAGCGUGCCGAUGAAUCAUGCCAGCAGCAGUGUCUCGGCCAGCAAGAAGUAUCAUAACAGUUGUCCACAUCCGACGCCAUCGGUGCACAAGAAGUCGCUGCACACGAAGCCGCACAGCACCAACAAAUUCGAUCAGAGCAAGAAUGAGGAAUUCCACUUUGAUACACCGCCCGAGUGUCCAGUGUUUCGACCCACAGCCGAAGAGUUUAAGAAUCCCCUCGCCUACAUCAGCAAGAUACGCUCUGUUGCUGAGAAGUGUGGUAUUGCCAAAAUCUUGCCACCGGAGAAAUGGUCGCCGCCAUUUGCCGUCGAUGUGGACAAACUGCAGUUUGUGCCGCGCGUGCAGCGACUCAAUGAGCUGGAGGCCAAGACGCGUGUCAAGUUGAAUUUCUUGGAUCAAAUUGCCAAAUUCUGGGAACUGCAGGGUUCCUCAUUAAAAAUACCAAUGGUGGAGCGCAAGGCAUUGGAUUUGUAUACGUUGCAUCGCAUUGUGCACGAAGAGGGCGGCAUGGAGCAGACCACCAAGGAGCGCAAAUGGGCAAAGGUGGCUAAUCGCAUGCAGUAUCCAUCCAGCAAAAGUGUUGGCGCCACCCUCAAGGCGCACUAUGAACGCAUAUUACAUCCCUUUGAGGUGUACACAUCUGGCAAAGUGCUGGGACCUGGAGGUGCGGCUGCAGGUGGUUCUGCUGUGGGUGGCACGCCCGUCAAGCUGGAGGAUUGCGGUACUGAUUACAAGGCACACGAGAUACCCACACGCCAACAGAUUGCACCGCCCAAUGAGAACAAUACACGUCGCUCCAAGCGUUUUGGCAAUUCAAAUGCCAGCUGCGGUUUGGUCGGUCAGGCCGGUAAACCUGGUGCAGCUGGCCCUGGAGGAGUCACCAUCAAGACCGAGACCAAGGAGGAUUUCAAACGGGAUCUUCUUAGCAGCUUCAAUGCCGUCAAUUCAACUGGAACUGGCGGCGCUAAUCAAGCAGGAGGUGCUGUUGCCACUCCGAAUACACGUGCCACGCAAAAGAAGGCGAGCACAGAACCACAGCAACAGCUGCUCAUUGAUCCACUGAUGAAGUACAUCUGUCAUAUUUGCAAUCGUGGCGAUGUUGAGGCCUCCAUGCUGCUGUGCGAUGGCUGCGACGAUAGCUAUCACACUUUCUGCUUGUUGCCACCACUAAGCAGCAUACCAAAAGGUGAAUGGCUCUGUCCGCGUUGCGUUGUGGAGGAAGUGAGCAAGCCGCAAGAGGCCUUUGGCUUCGAGCAGGCGGAACGUGAGUACACAUUGCAGGAGUUUGGCCAAAUGGCCGAUCAGUUUAAGCAGGAAUAUUUCCGCAAACCGGUGCACUUGGUGCCCACCGAGCAGGUGGAGCGCGAAUUCUGGCGCAUUGUCUCGUCCAUCGACGAGGAUGUGACCGUGGAGUAUGGCGCCGAUUUGCAUACCAUGGAUCAUGGUUCUGGUUUUCCAACACGCAGCUCUCUCUAUUUGCUGCCUGGGGAUCAGGAGUACGCCGAAUCCAGUUGGAAUUUAAAUAAUCUACCACUGCUGGAGGAUUCAAUAUUGGGGCACAUUAAUGCCGAUAUUAGCGGCAUGAAUGCGCCCUGGAUGUAUGUGGGCAUGUGCUUUGCGGCAUUUUGCUGGCACAAUGAGGAUCAUUGGAGCUAUUCGAUUAACUAUUUGCAUUGGGGCGAACCAAAGACCUGGUACGGUGUUCCCGGCUCGUGUGCCGAACAGUUUGAAGAGACCAUGAAGCGUGCAGCGCCCGAAUUGUUCUCCUCGCAACCAGAUUUAUUGCAUCAACUGGUAACGAUUAUGAAUCCCAACAUCUUGAUGAACAAUGGGGUGCCCGUGUAUCGCACCGAUCAGCAUGCCGGCGAGUUUGUGAUCACCUUUCCGCGUGCUUAUCAUGCCGGCUUCAAUCAAGGCUACAAUUUCGCCGAGGCCGUUAACUUUGCGCCCGCCGAUUGGUUGAAAAUGGGACGCGAGUGCGUCAAUCAUUAUUCGAUGCUUCGACGCUUUUGCGUUUUCUCACAUGACGAACUCGUCUGCAAGAUGGCUUUGGAGCCGGCCAAACUGACAUUUGGCAUUGCCACCGCCUGCUACAUUGAUAUGGCCGAAAUGGUGGACACCGAGAAGAAACUGCGCAAAUCCCUCUUGGAGUGGGGCGUCACACGAGCAGAAAGACGCGCCUUUGAGCUGGUCAACGAUGAUGAACGUCAUUGUCAGGAGUGUAACACCACAUGCUUCCUCUCGGCCGUGGCCUGCGAGUGCAAUGACAAGCUGAUUGUCUGUCUGCGCCAUUACACAGUGCUCUGUGGUUGUGCGCCAGAGAAGCAUACGCUCAUCUAUCGCUAUACGUUGGACGAGAUGCCAUUGAUGCUGCAAAAGCUGAAAGUGAAGGCGCAUAGCUUUGAGCGUUGGUUAUCGCGUUGUCGCGAUAUUGUCGAUGCCAAGGGACCGACAUCGGUGACGCUCUCCGAACUCCAGGAGUUGUGCAAGGAGGCGGACAACAAGAAGUUUCCACCUUCGUUGCUUAUCGAUCGAUUAAAUGCCGCUGCAAUUGAGGCAGAGAAAUGCGUUACAGUCAUACAACAGCUGGGCAUCAAUAAGGUGCGUACGCGCUCAGAUCACAAUCAGGAGGCGGCACAAUACAAACUAACCAUGGAGGAGUUAGAGCUAUUUGUACAGGAGAUUGACAAUCUAUGCUGCAUCAUCGAUGAGGGCGCCUCGGUGCGUGAACUACUGCUGCUGGGUCGACAAUUUGUGGAGCGUGCCGAGGCACAGCUGCAACUCUCACUGGAGGCACUCGAGGAGAACGAUCUGGAGACUCUGAUAAAUGAGGGCAGCUCGUUGCGCAUAGAGUUGCAGCAACUGGAUCAUUUGCAGAAGCGACUCAAGCAGUGCAAAUGGUACAAGCGGUCGCAGGGUUUACGCGAGACAAGCUCCAAAUUGACCUACAACGAUGUCAAGACGUUGCUGCACACAGCUGCCGCAGAUUUGGAUCCUACGGAUCCGUAUGUAGAUCGUGAGAUGCGCAAAUUGCAGCACAUUGGUGCGGCAAUCGAAGCAUGGGAAUCGCAGGCAGCCAAAUAUUUCCGACGACUCAAUCAACAGCACGAACUAACCGAGAUUGAGCAAUUUCUGAAGUCGGCCACCGACAUCAAUGGACAAGUGCCAUCGCAUGGCUUGCUCAAGGACGCAUUGCGUAAGGCACGCGAAUGGCUGCGCUCAGUGGAGCAAUUGCAGCAGAACAAUCAUGUGACCUACUGUCACACGCUGGAGGCGAUGAUUGAGCGCGGUUUAAGCAUACCGCUGCAGCUGGAGGAGCUUAGCCGGAUGCAGGGCCAUUUAAAUAGCGCGCAUCAGUGGAAGGAGAAUACGGCACAAGCCUUUUUAAAGAAGGGCACAUUCUAUACACUUCUAGAGGUGCUGAUGCCGCGCGCAGAUGCCAUUAACAUUGACUCGGAUCUCAAGCCGCGUUUCCAAGAUGAUUUCCUCAAGGAUAAGAAUCCCGCCGAAAUUGUGGCCAGCUUCAAGCAUGCCGAGGAGCAAGAGUUGCGUGACAUGCGCGACUUACGGCGCCAGAAUAUGUCCAAGAAUAUGCUGCGCGAUAUGUUUUGUCUCUGCAAAUCGGAAUUUCGUGGCCUCAUGCACAAUUGUCAGUUGUGCCGCGACUGGUUCCACGAUGAUUGCGUGCCUCCACCGCCAACAGCACACACGCUAGUUCUGCCACAACAGCAGAAUGGUGGUGGAGCAGUCAACGGUGGUGGUGUGAGUACAAUGCCGGUGCAACCAAAGUGGUUGUGUCCGAGUUGUGUGCGCUCAAAGCGACCGCGUUUGGAGACCAUCUUGCCGCUGCUGGUGCAACUGCAACAGCUGCCCAUGCGUCUGCCUGAGGAUGAAGCGCUGCGUUGCUUGGCCGAGCGUGCAAUGAACUGGCAGGAUCGUGCACGCAAAGCACUGAGCAGUCCCGAUGUUAGCGCCGCCUUGGAAGCCAUUCUCAGCCAACAACAACUGCAGCAGCAGCAAAAGCGUCGUUGCGAAAGCAACAGCAACAAUAGUGCCGUCCUUGGGCUGGGCAACAUAAACAGUCCACGAAAGCCGCGACGAGGACACAAUUCUUCGUCAAAGCUGGAUAACAAUGCAACAACAACGCCACGCUCUGAAUCGGAUGCGGAGGAUGCAGAUGAUGUGGAUGACGACGAUGAUGAUGAUGAGUGCCGGCUGCGCAUUGUUGAGGAUGGCUAUAGCAACGAUGAGGACGACCAACUGCAGCAGCGACUGGCGACGAGUAAUGCACAAAGCGGCAACAACAAUAACAGUAACAACAGCAGCAGCAACAGCACUGAUCUCUUGAAACUACUCUCCGACAGCGAAAUUGAGAAUCUGCUCGAGUUGAUGAUGGAGGGUGAUUUGCUGGAAGUGUCGUUGGACGAGACGCAAGAGUUGUGGCGUAUUUUGGAAACGAUGCCGCCAUCGAAGCUGCAGGCAGAGGCCAAAGCCCGUGUGCUGCAGCAUUUGCAACAACAGCAGCAGCAACGACAACAGCAACAGCAGCAACAACCCUCCUCUACAACAAUCACACCCAACAACACAGUAGCCUCCUCAUCCAGCAUACACAGCGGAGCCGAAGAUUCCAAUGACAGUCUGCUAGUGCAAAAUAGUCCAAGUCCUGGCACUGGCAGUGGCAAUGGCGGUAAUGCUGGUAACGUCCAUGGCGGGGCACGCAGCAAGAAGCGGCGCUCCAAUGAUGCUAGCAGUGGCAAUGCUGCAGUGCCGCGCAAGAAACAGAACACACCGAAACAGACGCCGGGCAAGAAGUCAGCAACACUGCGGAAAAGUGACAGCAAGGCGAGCACAUCGCCUGGUGUCGAUGCGGAUGCGGAAAACAAGCAGGCGAAUGGUGGCAACACCACAGCAGCAGCUGCUGCAACUGGGGCAGCGGGCGGAGCGGCGGCGGUAGCGAAUACGCCAACGCCCGCGGCAGCGGGGCAUAAAAAACGUAAGCGCACCACAACCACUAACAACAAUAACAACAACACCAGCAGCAAUAGUAAUGCAGCGAGCAACGCGAAUCCAACAGGAGGCAGCAACAACACGCCAGCAGGCGGCGGUGGGCAAAAGAAGCAUGCGCAACGCACACAGCAAACCGCGCAGGAAGACGACGAGGAGGAGUGCCGAGCGGAGAAUUGCCAUAAGCCGACGGGGCGAGAAGUGGACUGGGUGCAAUGCGAUGGUGGCUGCAAUGAGUGGUUUCACAUGUAUUGUGUGGGUCUGAAUCGCAGUCAGAUUAAAGCAGACGACGACUACAUUUGCAUACGCUGUUCCAAGACUGUGAGUGUGGGCGUGGCCGGCAGCAGCGGCAGCGCCAGUUUAACCGUAACAACUACAACAACCAGCAGCCUCACAUUGAGCACAACGACGACGCCAGCCAAGCAGCGGGCAGCGCAGUCGGCACGGUAGACAGUGAGUGAGCGAACGAGAGAGAGAUCGCAAGCAAAAUAUAAAAUAAACAUCAAUUUGACAAAGGUUGGCAGCUCCCUCGAUUAAAGCUUGCGAUUAAUCGAUAAACUGCAGUCGCAGUGUCUAUACACAUUACCCCCCAACACACACACACAUACAAGAGAACAGACCCCCACACACAUGAGGAAAGCCGACAUGGAAACACACGCAUUGUUGUUGUGCUAACGGUAUUUACUAUGUUUUAGUAAAACAAAACAAAAGAAAAAUUAAAACAGUCACUUGAACGUUUUUUUGUAGUACAUAUUUACUAAUUAUUACUAUUAUUAUGCAACGCAAACGUAUUUCAAAACACAAUUAUGAAAACAAAACCAAUCACACACACCGACACACUUGAAAAGUAAACAAGUGACAAUUCAACUGUAAAUGCAAAAUAUAAACAGAUUUUGUGGUCACGAUAAACAACAUUUUACGUUCGUUAAACGUUCUUUUAUAUAAUAUACAUAUAUAUAUAUAUACCAUAAGCACACAUCAUAAAUAUGUGUGUAUUUUUAGAUAUAUAUAAUUACCAUUACCUGCUAUUAUUAGUUUUUUGUUAAUUUAAUUUACAUUUUGUGUUCGCUUUAAGUUUUGUGCGACGCGCGCGCGUUUUUUCGUUUUUAAAAUUUCAAAGAGCAUCUAUAAACUAAAAAACAAACAAGAAUCUGUGAAAGAAAAAUGAUUCAAAAUUGCUUAUUAUUUUUUACUUCUGUAUAUUUUUUCCUGUUUUCUUCAAGUUAAAGCAAAGUAAAAUUUAAUUGUUAUUUUUAUAAUUAUAUACACAUACAUAUCUAUCCAAAAAAUAUAUAUAUGUAUAUCUUCCAUAAACGUUAUAUGCGAUAAUUUUGAACGCGUGGCGCGAUGUAAUUUUCAUCUAUGUUUUCUUUAUUUGUUUUUCCUACAAAAUCCAAUAACAACAAAUCUUGUAGCAUAAAAACCAAGUUUAAACUAAAAAAAAACAAAACACAAAAACUUGUUGAUAAAACAAAAGAUCAUAAAACAUAUUAAUAUAAAUAAAUUGCAACCCUAAUGUUAAGUUUAUAUUUAAAUACAAGUGGAAAUAAUAAUAAUAAAAAAAAAAAACAAACAAGAAAUGUAUAAUUUUUAAUUAAAAUUUAGUAA